UUUGUUUUGUUUUUGCUCAGCUUGCGGCGCUUUUGCGACCCAACAUUCCAAUAUUGACGAAAAUGGGCAAGAGCAGAAAGCAGGUGCGCGAGUUCAACGCCGCCAAGGAGGCGGUCGAGGCCACUAAAGUCCAGCUGGACACUUGCAACGAUGCCUACACGAGCGGCGCCUUCAAAUACCUGAGAUUCCUCGUCCAUCUGCUGGCGGCAGCACAGUUCUCGUAUGGCAUAUACUUCCACUACUUCCGGGUGCACUGGCCCACGGAUUUGCUGGACGAGGAUGAGCUGAAGGCGCGCUGGGGCGGCAAGUUCAAGUACCUCACCUUCCUGGACGUCAUUCUGCAGGCCAUCUACCACUCGCUGGCUCUGCUGAACGAUCUCUUCGGCGAUAACAAGGUCUCCGGGGACUCAAAGUCCAUGUUGCGGUCGGCGAGGGACUACGUGUUCGCCGCCUUUGCCUUCCCCGUCGCUCACAAUGUGUGCCUCUCGUUUUGGGUCAUCUACGUCUGGGACCGUGAGCUCAUAUUUCCCUCCGCGCUGGAUGCGAUUUUCCCCAGCUGGCUAAACCACGUGGUGCACACGAACGUGGCCCUUCUGGCCAUUAUGGACCUGUUUACCUGCUUCCGCCGCUAUCCAAGUCGACUGGCCGGCAUCACGGGCAACGUCUCCUUCAUCUUGCUCUACAUCAUCUGGCUGCACAUCGUGCGAUACUUCAGUGGCGAGUGGGUGUAUCCUAUUCUGGAGGUGCUGCCCGUAUACCUGCGCUACGUGUUCCUGGCACUGCUGGUGGGUUUCAACCUGGUUUGCUAUCUGCUCGGGGAGUUCGCCAACAAGGUCGUUUGGGGUUCGGAGUUUAAGCUGCUGAAUCAGCAGAAAGUGAAGCAGGGCUAGGACUCGAGGAUUUAAAAUCGUUUAUUAGUUACACAAAAGUAUGACAUAUUUUGUAAACUUAAAGGCACUUUUUGAGGUACGAUUUGUGUGCCCAAGAGGCUUAUUUAUAUCGUACUUAAAUGUAUAAUCUACAGUCUAAUUCUAAGUCCUGUACCCACGGCAAAGGAAAAUAAUGAAAAUAAAUUAUUAUCCUUUUUGGCAUUUA